ACUCACUACACACACUUGGGGAGAUUAACGCGCAGGCGGCAGUAAUCUGUUUUCAGGACCACGGACAGAGACACUGUUUGACCAUGAAUCCCGUGGAAAGUUGUCCGAGGAGCCGGCUGAGCCCACACGGACAGCAGAGGGGAUGAACACGUUCGUCCGGACUUUCAUCAAGGACUGGCAAACUUGGAAUGAACAUGUUUAUUAUAGGGGUUUAAAGUACAAUUAAUCCCGGGACAACCACUGUCGCCAAAUACAGACUCCGACACUUGUGGUCAAGGACGCUGGCAACUGAGUAUCCAAAGAAAAAAAAAAUCUUUUAGUUGUUUUCACUUAUGUGACUAAGAGACACGAGACAAAGAAGAAGGCUGUGCGCUCAGACAGGGGCGCGCAAAGUCUGCACAUUGAUCCGGUCCUGGGGUCGUGAGGAUGGAGAUCCGGCCGGACAGGUUCAAGGCCGUGGCAGCCAAGACUCUCGGGAAAAUAUACGGAGCGCUUGAGAAAAAGCAGGAAAAUGGCGAGACCAUUGAGCUGUCCGCAGAAGGACGACCAGAGCUGGUGCAGGAGAAGGAGAUGCCCGUGGUGGACUGCACGUGCUUCGGCCUUCCCCGGCGCUACAUCAUUGCCAUCCUCUCUGGUUUGGGUUUCUGCAUCUCCUUCGGUAUCAGGUGUAACUUGGGCGUGGCCAUCGUCAGCAUGGUCAACAGCCACACCAUCUUCAAAAACAACAAGGAGGUCGUAGUGAAAGCACAGUUUGACUGGGAUCCAGAAACAGUGGGAAUGAUCCAUGGCUCUUUCUUCUGGGGAUAUAUAGUUACCCAAAUACCUGGAGGGUUCAUCUGCCAAAAGUUUGCAGCAAACAGAGUGUUUGGCUUUGCUAUAGUGGCCACAUCCUGCCUGAACAUGCUCAUCCCUUCAGCAGCAAGGAUGCACUUUGGCUGCGUUAUCAUUGUCAGGAUAUUUCAAGGUCUUGUAGAGGGCGUUUCAUAUCCGGCUUGUCAUGGUAUUUGGGCCAAGUGGGCGCCGCCUCUUGAGAGAAGUCGCCUGGCCACAACAGCCUUUUGUGGUUCCUAUGCAGGGGCUGUGAUUGCCAUGCCUUUGGCCGGAAUCCUUGUCCAGUACUCAGGCUGGUCAUCUGUCUUCUACGUUUACGGAACUUUUGGAGUUAUGUGGUACUGCUUCUGGAUCCUGGUGUCAUACGAGAGUCCAGAAGCCCACCCCACCAUCACUGAUGAAGAGAGGAAAUAUAUUGAAGAUAGCAUUGGCGCCACUGCUCAACAGGCAAUAACGAAGUUCAAUACACCCUGGAGGGCCUUCUUCACCUCCAUGCCGGUGUACGCCAUCAUUGUGGCUAAUUUCUGCCGAAGCUGGACCUUCUACUUGCUCCUCAUCAGCCAGCCUGCAUACUUUGAGGAGGUGUUUGGAUUCGAGAUUAGUAAGGUGGGCAUUGUUUCUGCACUUCCCCAUCUGGUUAUGACCAUCAUUGUGCCCAUCGGUGGUCAACUCGCUGACUAUUUACGCUGCAAUCACAUCAUGAGCACAACCAAUGUCAGGAAACUAAUGAACUGUGGAGGGUUUGGGAUGGAGGCCACUCUGCUGCUUGUUGUGGGAUUCUCGCACACAAAAGGCAUUGCUAUUACAUUCCUGGUACUGGCUGUGGGUUUCUCAGGUUUUGCAAUUUCAGGUUUCAAUGUCAAUCACUUGGAUAUCGCACCACGAUAUGCUAGUAUUCUCAUGGGCAUCUCCAACGGAGUGGGGACUCUGUCUGGCAUGGUUUGCCCACUCAUAGUUGGUGCCAUGACCAAACAUAAGACUCGGGAGGAGUGGCAGGGUGUGUUCCUCAUUGCUUCACUCGUUCAUUAUGGAGGUGUUAUAUUUUAUGGCCUCUUUGCAUCCGGAGAGAAGCAAGCCUGGGCUGAGCCGGAGGAAACGAGCCAAGAGAAAUGUGGAAUCCUGGAUGAGGACGAGCUUGCGAAUGAGACGGAGGAACUGUAUCGCACCACUGGGGGAGGGGGUUACGGAGCCACGAACCAGGCCUCGGAUCCAAACGGGGGAGGGGGAGGAGGCUGGGUCUCGGACUGGGAUAAAACUGAGGAGUAUGUGCAGCCUGCUGGGACCAACAAUUACCUCUACGGAGGAGAGGCCGAGCGAGAGUUAACAUAGAACCGGCAGAUCCUCUUCACAACACCUUGUAGGGAGGCACGAACAGUAUCCCAACAGUUGUAAAGGCACUUUGGAAGCAUGAAGUGCAGGAUGGGACGAUCCUCACCAAGUCUGACUCUUUUAAAACAAGUGAACUGAUUUCAAAGACACUCCACAGUGGAGGUGAAGACAUUAGAACAUGUAAAAUGUGUGUUUGUGUGUGUUUGCAAUUGUGCCCCCUGAGUGUUUUAGGAAUCUACAGUCCUGCAAUCUUUGUUGGAGGCCUGGCGUGUGUUUCUUUAAUGCAGCCUUUCUCAACCUUUUUUCAGUCAUGACACCUUUCAAAAGUGAAUAAAAUCAGAGUAAAAUAUAAUUAAAAACCACACUGCAUCGCUGUAAAUGCAUAUAACGCGCACGUACGGUGCGCGUCGCCGCGUAGCCUACGGCGUACCCUACGGCGUAGGCUCUGCGUCGAUUUAACGCGGAACCAUAAUUCAGGCUUCACUUUGAACGGCCGGUUCACACCGACGUCCAGCGGUUGGAGUUCCUUCGUCAGACCUCCCGGAAUAACAGCCAGCACAACGUUCCUUCUUUCACAUCUUUCUUUACAUUGUCUGUGAGACGGGCGCGCAUAGAGUCACAGAUCAGCAGCGAGGGUGAUGUGUGGAAAAAACCACCGGGUCACCUUACAUAGACCUGCCUCAGCAACUCGAUCAUCAUCCCUUCAUCCAUCCAGCUCUUUUCAUUUGCCUUUAUAAUAACUCCAGCUGGAAAGGCAAAAUCUUUCUUUUAAAUAUCACCAUAGUUUCUGUCCAUCAGCGUGCAGGCAAGCACAACAGUGAAGGAUGACUUCUCAUCGUCACCGUGCUGGUCCCCGUCCUCUCCACCGUGUGAUUCACCGGGAUGUCGAAAGUCAGCUGGUCUCUAAUGAUGAUGGUCUCUAACACGUCCGCAAACCACGGGUGAUUCACGCGCCCCCCUUCCACCUUUAACUUCUCAUGGUGGCCUCAAUUACGUCCGCCUUACAAUAAUACAAUGGGCGCAUUGCGUCAUUGGGCACUGGCACAUUUAAAAAAAAAAACAAGACGUUUAUCUGCGCCUAAUGGUCGUCAAAAUACAGUAUCUUAUUUAUUUAUUUAUUCAUUCAUAGGCAAAAAGAAUGUAUUUAUGUAUGCAUUCAUAUAUUUAUAUAUGAAAUGUCAGAAUAGGUAAUUUUUUGAGGACACCCCUAAAGCAGUCAGGGGACACCCCAGGGUGCCGCGACACCCCUGUUGAGAAAGGCUGCUUUAAUGUUUAUAAUUCUAGAAAUGACUGUAUUAACUGUCAGGAUUGGUAUUAAUUUUUAUGCCUCUUGUUUAUUUAUGAGUCAUUAAAGACUGCAAAUUCUUGGAAACACACUGAUGUCACACCCACACAUUUCUGUUAGAUGAACAGUUCUGUUUUCUCUUGCAGGAUGAGUAGCUGAAACCCGCAGAAGAGUACAUUGCCUCUUCUGAAGUUAAAACAAGGUGGUUCUCAGAUAAAACAGUGUUCAUUUUUAGUCCUUAAUCUGCACACAUUAAAAAAAAGCAUUGUGCCAAUACAAAAAACUAUUUUGUUCUGUAGUAUUGGUGUACUUAUUCACUGUGAAAGUUAUUGAACACCUGCAAACAUUAUACUCUCAGAUUUCUUUGAAGCAGAUGGAAUUUAUAUUUAUUUGAGCAAUAAAAAACACAAAACAAAACAAUGAAACAAACAUAAAAUUCAUUAAUCUCUGGCAUGUGUGCCAGCUGAAACACUGUUGAUAAUUAUGCCUCAUAUAAGACUUGAAGUAUGUGUAUCAAAGUAACACUGUAGUGCUGAUUUUGUUUCUAAGUUUAGACUUUCUUUUUCUCCAAGACCCUUCUCUGAGAUGGCUUUCUUCCAAAGCCAUCAUCUUCAUUUUGCUCUGCAUGAUUUAUCAAUGAUAUCCUAGUGUCCAAUGGUUUUUAUCAGAGUUAGAUUACAGAGAAGCAGUCACCACUAUGAGCUCCAACAUGAAAAAAUGUCAACUUUCACAACUCUUGCUUUUAUUUUAAUGCAAUUGAUCCAAGAACAAUUAAAAGGCUAAUAAAACAAUGACAUUUCCCUGCACACGAGCAGCUAGUUUUAUUAUUUGUUAGCAGAAGUUGAAAUGUAUCUAUUUCUUUAAAUGAGGUAUAGAAUAAAAAUAUCUUCCUGUUGUAGGUCAUGGGAUUAUACAUUUUCACACAGUGGUGAUUAGCACUAGAUUCACUUUUAAUGCUCAGGAUUUUUACUUUUUCUGUCUUUUUUUCAUUUAUUUAUUGUUAGAUGUUUUAAUUAUAAACUAAACAUGUAUACAAUUUAUGUACUAGUGGAAAUAUUGCAUAAUAAAACCUAGAGGUGUUAUGUUAUGUUCAGUACUUGUAGGUAUUUCUGGCAGUUUAUGCUGGCGUAUGGCUGCCAUUGUUAAAUUUCAAUAUUCGGUUUUAGCUUGUGCAUAUGCUGUCUUGGUAUAAAUAC